AGUUGCAGGGUAGCAUUGAAAGCGACGCGACGCAUCGGUUUAGUCGGCAAAGUCGGCAGUAUCGAAAAGUGUUUGCGGAAGUGGCAUUGUGGCAAUUUCCGGCGAUUUGCAUUUGAUGUGACCUUUUGCAACAAAGCUGACCUUUAACUGACCAAGGACAGUCACAGUCACACAGAAAGUGAACGCCUAACAGCUAGCUGCAAAAGCAUUCAGAGUUCAGAGCUCAAAGAGGCUAGAUGUAUCGGCAAGUGUUUGUCUUGUUGUUAUCGGUUGCAUGUGCCGCAUGUGGCACCGCGCUCGAUGAUACAACUCGAUUUGGCCAGGAGCUGGAACAGUUGCUAGACAGCACGCGUUCGCCCUGCCAGGACUUUUACGGCUAUGUUUGCGCACGCAGCUCAAAUGCGGACCAAACUUUGCGACUUCAGCGAGAUCAGCAGCGUUUUCAGCAAAUGCUCCGCUCUGCUAAUCCCGACCAGCUGCUGGCCAUGGAGCAGCAGCUGUUGAACUUCUACAAAUCCUGCCGAAGUAGUCGUAGCGUGGAAGCACUACGCAUAUCGCAGCUGUAUAAGAGCACUGGCGGUUGGCCAGCUCUCGAGACACGGAGCUCCAAUCGGACGCUCAACUGGCUGGGAUUGCUGGGUUACUUUCAUGAGAUGGGUGCUCCAUAUUUCUUUGAUAGCACGAUUAGUAUGCAGUCGAACAAGCGACUGGUUACACUCCAGCCGGACACGACACGACGUCACACUGUGAGCAAAUUUGAGCAACGCAUGGCCGAUCUCCUGAAAAGCUUCGGUGUGGAGCAGAGUCGGGCGCAUGUCGCCUCGCUGGAGGUGCUCAGCCUGGAGCGCAAUCGGCGCGAGAUUGUCAAGACGGAACGCAGCGACGAUCAGGUGCAGUACAGCUAUGCGAACUUCAAGAGCAGCACGUUUGGCAAUGUCUCCUUGGCUCAACUGGACUGGGAUGGCUACUUCAAGCAAAUCCUUGGGGGUAAGAGCCUUCGGCCAACGGACGUGAUUGUUGUGAAGCAGUUGCCACGACUGGUCGACUAUAUGCAGCUGUUGCAGAAUACUAACAUGCAUCGUCUGCUCAAUUGGAUUUGGAUAGACUAUUUAAUGGAUAUCGCUGCCACUGACUGCAAGCAGCUGGCGGAGACCUAUGCAGGCGAUGUCUAUGCGCAUCUGCUGCUGCGCCUGAGCGUCGAUCGGGAGAGGAUGACGGAAAUGUAUGCGGCGAUAGGCAGAGCCUACAAGGAGCAGCUGUCGGGCAGCGUUUGGAUUGACGAGAUCUCCGAGCAGGCCUCGCAGCGUUUUCUCAACCACAUCAUGCAUGUGACCAUAAGUGGAGACGAGCGUCUGGAUGCUGCCUACCGCGAACUGGACCUGGGCAGAAGGAAUUUCUAUCGCAAUAUGGAAAAGUUACGUCGCUUUCAACACAAACGAACGUCGCCCACUUCAGAUGAGCUGCAGAUGCGUCAGUAUGCGCAAAUCUUUGAGACAGUAAAUGGCCUGUUGCCCAAAUUGAAUCUGAGCAUGCCGCUGAACUAUGUGCUGGUUGGGGAGCGUUUUGCACGCAACCUCAUCGCCGCUGGCAGCAGUACCCUGACGCCGGGCGCCUGGCGCAGCAUCGACUCGGAUCGACAAUUUGCCCAGUUCCAGCAGUGCAGUAACUCAUCGAAUCCCAAUGAGCUGCUCCUCGCAAUCCUUGGCCAGCGCCAGACGGGCAAUUGCUACAGACAAUGGCUUGGCCAGCAGUCGGCUGCUGCAUUUAGGCGACAACUGACGUCUGCCACAACUGGACAACGGUUGCAGUUAUCUCUGGAGCGUCUGUACUUUAUUGGUAGCCUGCUGGUGGAUUGUCGUGAGUUGCAGAUUGCGGGUGGCGUCCAGCUGGAGCGCAAGCGGCAAUUGCAGCACACACUCUUGCGUAACUCGGCCACAUUCAGUGAGGCAUUUAAUUGUCGACCAGGCGAUGCUCUCUACUCACAGCAGCCGCUCUGCAAGAUUGCGUGACAAAAACAUACAGACAGACUCCAAACACACACACAUAUAGAACUACCAGAGGGGAAAAACACUACUUGAAAAAGUUGCCAAAGAAUUGUGAAGAGAAAGAAAACUUUGUGCGCUGCUUUAAUGCAUAAUAAAUUGUAAAGCAGACAAUAACUUUUGUAUUUGGCGCAGACCUUGAACUUUUUACGAAUUACCCUUUCUUUUCCCUGCCUGUGUGUGUUUUUUUGUUGUUUGGUUAAAAAUCGAUAAUUUUACGCCUCAUGCCCUGCAAUCACGUGCCCAGUACGGAAAAUGGGGGGCCGUUACGGUUUUUGAUUGAUUUUUGCUUAGUUUGUUUUUCUUUUAUGCUUUUCCGCAGCAUAUGCUUGAGUUUUUUUUGUGCUUUGCAUGUAUGUAUUGAGUAUUGUAUUGAGAGGAUAGUAAAAUAAAGGGAGAAGUUUAGUUUA